AAAAAAAAAAGUAAAGCAUUAAUUUUCUUAAUCCUGCCAUAUUACUUUUCAGGAAUGCUGUUACAUAAUGCAUUUAUGUUUGACCAAAAUUAUCUUUUUCUGAUUAUAAACUUUGUUUCAUCAGUAUGCAUAUCGCUGCUAGUUGCUGAUAUCUUCUUUUUAUUUUGUUUCAUUAAUUAUUCCUUAGUUUAUUGGCUAUUUUUCCGUUCUAUACUGGAUACAUAACUCUGGAAUUCAAAAAAAAAAGGUAAAAGGAUUUAAUACAAUAUGUGAAUAAGAAAGAUAAAAAAAAUCAU